AUGUCGUCCUUCACCUCCUUUGCACUUUUUGGGGCCGGUCUAAUCGGAACGCCAAUUGUAGCUGGCCUAGUCGCCAAAAAUCUACCGAUCGUGGUCAUCGCCCGCCCCGGCUCGAAGAGCGUAGCAAACCUCCCUGCUGGAGCAAAAUCUGCCUUGGUAGACAUCGCUAACGCUGCUGCAGUUGCGGCAGUCCUCAAAGAUCACAAAGUCGAUGUGGUUAUAUCUACCCUCGGCAUGCAAGCCAUCGCUGCACAGACACCCCUCAUUGAGGCGGCCAAGGAGGCGGGGAUCAAACUAUUCGUGCCAUCGGAGUUUGGCUUCCCGACCGAGGGCCACACGAGUGGUCUGCUGGCUGAAAAGUACGAGAUUUCUGAGCUUCUCAAGCGGGUUGGCAUCCCCUCCCUGCGCAUAUACACCGGAAUGUUCAUGGACUUUAUACCGAUGGCGUUUGGGUACGAAAAGACCAAGAAGAUCAUCGUCAUCGGCAAGGGCGAGGCGCCAGUGUCUGUGACUUCUGUUGCCGAUAUCACAGGUUUCGUUGUGCACGUACUGACAACACUUCCACCCAUCGCACUCGAGAACAAGAUUUUCCGCAUUCAGGGCGACCGGGUCAGCGCGAACGAUCUCGGGCCGCUAUUCGGCACAACCGUCGAACACGUGAAUGACAUCCCCGGCCCGCACGCGGCCGACCUCAAAGCGCUGAUGCUGAUCGCCGACGCUGGGGCGGGCAGCACAGGCUGGGAUGUCGUCGCUGGAAAGGAGGGCACCGGGGACAAUGCCGCAGGAAGCGCGAACAAGCUCUGGCCGGAUCAUCAGUGGAAAACGAUCAAGGAGUUCUAUAACCUCUAG